UGGUUAUUAUCGGUCAAUUUUCGAGAUCAACAGGUUCGAUUUCUAUACAAGUAUAUGUACGUAUUUGAUAUAUUCUGAAUUGUGAUUUAAGGCAAGUAACAUCCACAUGGAAAUCGUCCAUUUAGGGAUUUACUUUCAGACGAUAGAAAUCCUUCACUAUCGACAUGGCGGUCAGCUACCGGAAGCAGAUCAUAUACCGGAAGUUGUGUUGUGCCCUGUGUUUGUGUGGGUUCAUCCUUGACCUUGUGGGCUUCCUACUGCCUAACUGGGUGAGCUACAUCAUCGGGGGAUACCGACACUAUUAUGGACUGUUUUCAACGUGUAUCGUGCGGAGUGGACAACAGGCUUGUGGAACUUUAGGUUCUGACCAUGUCAAUGCGCUGUUCAAGACCAGUCAAGCGUUUGGAGUACUUGGACUAAUCACGUAUUUCUCCUCGCUCGUGUGUUGCUGUAUUGUCUUCUGUUGGCCACGCCCAUGGAAACGGUCGUUGUUGUUUUCUGCCUCAGCGUCAUCCUUAGCAACGGUCUUGUUUACAAUGCUUAUGCUAGUGUUGUUCUUCACAAGCCAUCCGGAUCAUGGGUCCAGAUUGGAUUUUGGAUAUUACAUUGCCAUUUCCGCCUGCGUGGUUUCUUUAUUUGUCGCCAUCUUCGCCUUCUAUAUAGCAAAAAUAACGUCAUUCCCCCCGAAAAUGCAACCAUCGAUCGCUGGGCAGGAACUCGCCAUCAUCGACUUGGAUUCGGUCAGUAUGACGUCAUCGCCCUCAUUGGGUUACGACAACAGAUCUUUGGACGUUCCAAUUAUUUUACGAGAAUUAACAAGCGACGAUAUACAUCAGGUUCCUCCAGAAUUCUUGAGUUACAGAGAGGAGACAAAACCCGGCCCAUCUUUCUUCUUCAACCAUCGCCCAAGCAAAGAGGUUAUGCAAAAAAUUAGCAUGAGAAACUCGCAGAAUCAAACAAAACCAAGUCCCUCUGGUUCUCCACAUAGUUCGAAUACGCAGACUCCAGCAAACUCAAGUCCUGUGUCACUACAUGGUCUGAAUGUACAUAAUCAUUCACCUUCAAAUCUUUCCCAGUUACGACGUAGUUCCGCCUUGAGUGUUAACCAUUUGGGAAUAGAUUUGGAUACCUCCAGAUGUACGACCCCGGUAGAGGAAGUGGAAUCCGGAACGUCUACGGUUUGAACUGUUGGUUAUAUCUUGGAACAAGUAAUGUAAAAACUUUACUGUCGAAUCAAAAUUGAAAAACGAUUUAGCGUGCGUCAUAUAUAAUUGGGAUUUUCUUAUAUAAAAAUGUUGAACAGUGAAGUACAGCGUACAAUGUUUCUACCACAAGAUGAGGGUGUUUUUCAACUCCCAAGGCAUCGAUUAAUCAUCACAACAGUUUUACGAUAUACAGUUCGACCGGUGUUUUUUGCGGGCACGGUAAACGUCCAAUUUAUCAAACGUUGAUAUUUCAAUAACCUCAUAAAGGCACUGAAGUCAGACUCGGAAGUGGGUUUAUUUUAUUAUGAUGUCAAUGUGUUUCUUCUUUCUUAUUAUAUAUCUAUAUCUAUAUUAUGUGUAUUACAACUGUCAUCAUGCUUGCAAUUUGGCUGUAAACACAACUCGGUACCAGAAGUAUUUUUCCAAUUCAUCUGUUUAGUGUCCAGCGUCAAUGGUCAAACUGGCCCGGUAUCUCCAUGGUGUGUAGCCAUGGUUAAACGGUUUCUCCGAAAGGUCGAAGACUGGACCUGUUCCAGUGUGGUCAAGCUUCUGAAUCAGCGUCAUAUCCGGAGACGCACGCAACAGGAAGUUGAUGUCAUCUGGAAUAUUGAUAUAAUGACAGCAAAUGAAAGUGAUUGUCUUCAAGAACUUAAAACGAUCCAUGUGUUUCCGGAGAAAGCCGAGAAUAUGACGACAUUCUGAUAUAACGAUAUAUUUUUCUAUCGUCGGUCUUUGACUGAAAUCCGUGUUCGCGUGACAAUGAGGGAGACAUUCGUCUUCUUGGUACUCCGGAGAAAUUCCGAUCACAUUUCCGGUGUACUUAUGUGCAAUCUUAUCCAUGGUUAGCAAACUUCCGGUUGAGUCGUACAGAGAAAUAGUGAGAGUCACGAUGUCCGAAGAGGCGUAAAAUGCCCCAAUUUUGUCCACCGCCAACCGGGUAUUACUGUCUAUGUUGUUACAUUCCCGAAGAGUCUGUCCACACACAAACCCCACAGAUAGCCCGUCCGCUCGUCUCAAACCUUUCUGACAUGUAAACUUGGCGAAACUUCCCGAAUGCAUGUUUUGACGUUUUACGUUCAAAUUUUACCGGAAGUUGUAAACGCAUUGUGACGUUGACAAUACCAUGCAGAGGUUACCAAGACGCGCCUAUUUUGGCGAUUUCUUAGCGACGGAAAUUAUUUUGUAAUUAGAUCUAUUCUCACAAAAUAGACCGGUUUAUUCUGGGAAGUUCGUUGUUUGAAGGUUCAGAGUUUCAAAAGCUAUUUCCUCUUGUCACACUAAUUUGAAAUGUGAGUCGUCUCCCCUCUCUACCAUUUUGGUAGCAAAUGGCUCCAUUUUGUAAAAUUUAAAUAUAAAUAUUUGUGUGUUCAUCGGCUGAUUUAACUUAUUGAUCAAUGAUGAUUUCUUUGUGAUAGAUAAUUUAAUUGUAUACUGGGCUGCCAGUUGUCGGCAGUCCGCAUAAUAUUAUCCAUGAUCAACCAGCCAAUUCAUUACGAUUUAUAGAUAAAUACACUUAUUAAUUAUCAGAAAAAAUUAUGAGUGCUUCAAGAGGCUGGUGGAUGUUAACGUCUUAACAUCACACACGUGACGGUUAUUUAAGGACAUUGUCUUAUUGAAUGUCACCAAUUGUUUUGUUGAAUGUCACCAAUUCGAGGACUGCAUUAUAGUGACAUUCCUGAAAUUUCAUGUAGCGUUCACUUCGACUAAUACAGUAGGACAUCAGAUCAGGCCAGUUAUUUAAAGAACAAGCCAGAUUAAUGCUGUAAUGUUCGAUAUAUUUAUUCAUCAUUAUGUGUACAUAAUAUGUAAUUGAUAUUUAUAUACAAUUUCUGACAUGAUUAAAUGAAAUUUCUAAUGAAAA